CUGAGGGGGAAACACAAAACAGACCUAUCUAGAUCAACAGGACGUGUUAUAAAUGUGAGUCGAUUUUUAAAACGCUGAAUCACGUUCUCAAAUGCAGGCUAUCAAAAGGGAAAAAUAGGCGAAAUAAUCGCGACUGGAUUCGCUGUUGCUAGGGGCAACCGGGGAAGCUUUGAAUAGCCACAAGCCGUAGGAUCACUGCGCUGCCUUUGUGAAGAAACCUCAGGAUUUCCUUCUGCAAAAACAUAGCCUUGAAAGCUUCAGCAUGACAUCUCCUCAGAAAACCCCAAUAGACCUAAAAACGAUGAUCAAAGACACUAAACAGGAUAUGGACGAUGUGCACCAAGCCCUGGAAAAGCUCCGAAGUCUCUCCCAGGUAGAGAGGACAGAAGCAGACGUGCUGCGAUCAAGAAUUGACGAGCAGUCAACUCUCAUCUGCAUCCUGAAACAGAGAGCAGACGAGAUGCUUCUGCGCUGUCAGGCUCUGGAGAAGAUCAACGCAGAGCUGGAGAACCUGAGAGCCAAUGUGCAGCUGGAGCUGGAGAACGAGAGGAAGAAAUCCGAACUGCUGGAGCAGAGAUUCAUGCACCUGGCCUCCAACCACCGAGAGCUGAUCAACUUCAAGAACGAGUACAAGAGCCAGAAUGCCAAGCUGGAGAAAGAGAACGAGAGACUCGGGAAGGAAAAUGAAACGCUUUUCAGUCAGGAAGUGCAAGAAAAAGAGAAGACCAUCCUCAAACUGACUCGAGAGCUCAAGGAAUUGGCAGAGCAACAUAAGAUACUAGAAACAGAGUAUCAGGAGAAAACAACCGGUUUCCAGAUUAAACUGAAAGAACUGAUCAACCUCCAUCAGAUCAAAGAGGCGUCUUUGAAGAACGAACUGAGCGACACACAAAAACAGCUGAAGAAUGCUGUCGAGAUGUGUGCAGAGUUGGAUCUCAAACUAAGACAAACUCAGGAAAAAGAAUCAAUGAGAGAGACAGACACUCAAGAGAGACUGGAGAAACUCAUGAAGGAAAAGGAUGAGCUUGUUGAUCUCUCAAUGCAGCGUGGGAAAAUGAUACUGGACAAGCAAGCUGAAAUUCAGGAGCUGGAGCGGAAAAGGCAGGAAGCGGAAAACGGCAGACAAGAUGCAGAAAACAGGUAUGAAUCUCAAAACACGUAA